CGGCGAGGCCGAGGCGGUCGGGCCCGUUUCAAACCGGCGGUCGCUGGGCCGCGGCCCGGCACGAGAUGGCGGAGAGCGACAGGGCGGAGGCGGCCGCGCCGCGCCGAGCGGAGGAGGCGGCCGGCCAGGCGCCGCAGCCGCAGCAGCAGCAACAGCAGCAGCCGGCACCGCAACAACAGACGCCGCAAGAGCCGCCGCAGGAUGAGGAGGCGGCGGCGGCCGCGGCACCCGGUAGCGGCGCGGGCAGCGCAAAUGGCGUCAAAAUGGAUAAUGAUGAGACAGCAAAAGAAGGGAAAGCACCGGUGAAAGAGAAGUUGGUUGCAAAAGCGAAAGCAAUCCCUUCUCUUGGAAACAAGAAUAGAUUCCACCCCUAUGCAAAGGAGAAGAAUGCAGGCUCUGGAGAGAAGAAGGCUGUUAAUCGCAAUAGAGUUUUUAUUAGCAACAUCCCGUAUGACAUGAAAUGGCAAGCUAUUAAAGACCUGAUGAGAGAGAAAGUUGGUGAGGUUACAUACGUGGAGCUGUUUAAGGAUGCUGAAGGAAAAUCAAGGGGUUGUGGUGUGGUUGAAUUCAAAGAUGAAGAAUUUGUUAAGAAGGCUUUGGACACUAUGAACAAAUAUGAUCUUAGUGGAAGACCCCUGAAUAUUAAAGAGGAUCCUGAAGGGGAACAUGCUCGUAGGGCACUCCAGCGGGGAGGAGGGCAGUUUGCAGGAGGACAUGGACCUGAUGCGGCGCCUGGAAUGAUGAAUUUACCACCUUCUAUUCUCAAUAAUCCAAACAUUCCUCCUGAGGUUAUCAAUAAUUUGCAAGCAGGCAGGCUUGGAUCCACGAUUUUUGUUGCCAAUCUUGACUUCAAAGUUGGCUGGAAGAAACUGAAGGAGGUAUUCAGCAUUGCUGGAACUGUGAAGCGUGCAGACAUCAAAGAAGAUAAAGAUGGCAAGAGUCGAGGAAUGGGAACAGUUACCUUUGAACAAGCAAUUGAAGCUGUUCAAGCAAUAUCUAUGUUCAAUGGACAGUUCCUGUUUGAUAGACCCAUGCAUGUAAAAAUGGAUGACAAAUCAGUUCCUCAUGAAGACUUCCGUGUCGUGGACAGCAAAAACUCACAAUUACCUCGUGGUCUUGGUGGCAUUGGUAUGGGGCUUGGACCAGGUGGACAGCCCAUUAGUGCAACACAGCUGAGCAUGGGUGGUGGAAUGGGGAGCAUGGGUCCAGGAGGUAUGGGAAUAGACGGCCCAGGAUUUGGUGGAAUGAGUAGAAUGGGAGGCGGACUUCCUGGAUUUCGUGGAAUGGAAGGAAUGCCUAACAUGGGAGGAUUUGGAGUCAACCGAAUGGGAGAAAUGUUCCGUGGUGGAAUGGGAGCAAACAUGGAAAGAGAAUUUGGUCGUGGUGACAUGGGAUUGAACCGUGGCUUUGGAGAGUCUUUUGGAAGGAUGGGUGGUGCAAUGAUUGGUGUUUUUGCAGGAGGAAUGGGAGCACCUAGCAUGGGCCCAGUAAGAUCUGGAAUGAGUGGUGGAAUGGGUGGUAUGAACAAUAUGGCUGGAGGAAUGGGAAUGGAUCGGAUGGGUUCUGGUUUUGAUCGGAUGGGACCAGCCAUGGGUGGAGGCCUGGACAGGAACAUGGACAUCGAUCGAGGGUUUGUGCCUGGCCCGAUGGGAAGUGGCAUGAGAGAGAGAUUAGGCUCUAAAGGCAACCAGAUAUUUGUGAGAAAUCUUCCUUUUGACUUGACCUGGCAGAAGCUAAAGGAGAAAUUCAGUCAGUGUGGUCAUGUAAUGUUUGCAGAAAUAAAAAUGGAGAAUGGAAAAUCAAAGGGCUGUGGAACAGUCAGAUUUGACUCACCAGAAUCUGCUGAAAAGGCCUGUAGGAUAAUGAACGGCAUAAAAAUCAGUGGCAGAGAAAUUGAUGUCCGCUUGGAUCGCAAUGCAUAAUUUAAAACUGUGUGUUCAGGAACAUUCCUAUGUCUGUUUAGCUUCUCUAUCUUAGUCAUUUUUAGUAACAUUGUAUGCUUACAAAAGCUGUAAAAAGGAACUUUUAAAUCCCACCAGCCUUUAACAGUAUAGUGUUUAAUAUACUGUGAUACUUGUUAACUGAAUCUUACUAUGUUUGGUUUUUAAAGACAAUUUGCCUGAUUUUUGUUGUUUUUUUAGAGGCACUGAGCACCUGUGGGUCCCUAUAGACUGUGGAUGCUUUGGAUGCUCAUUGUCUUUGGAAAAUUAGGCCAAGUGUCUCUAGUCAUUCAGUUUAAAUGAAUGGUUAUACUGUUUUUAAUAAAAUAAGCCAUUUUCUCUGUUAA